AUGGCUGAGGGGCCGCGCCUAUCCGCUACCCCCUCCGCAUUCCCCCAACCCAUCUAUCAAAACCAGGGGCAGUCAGAGUACAUUGAUCCCUCGAACCCAGCAUAUGCGCCUGGCUACUUUGUUCCCAACCCGUUAUCUCCCCAGCAGCAAUACGCACAACAACAGCAGUAUGCUCAGCAACAGGGCCUGCAGUCCCCUCAGCCCGCCUAUCAAACCCGCAUGGGUUAUGCCAACGAUGGUACUAAUGGCCUGAUCCAACAAUUUUCUAAUCAGGAUCUGAACGCCAACCGCGGAGGCUUCUUCAAUCGGACAAAUUCGCCCGCUCAGCGACCCCGUACUGCUGGUGGAUCCCCCGCUCAGGGCCAGGCUCAAGCAGCGCAUUUAGCCCCUCCUGUGCCUCGCAGCCCUCGCCCGCCGGCGGAGAAUGAAGAGCUGCAGCGCUUCCCAGACCGUUACUCGGAGAACGUGCACAAACGGGGCAAGGCAGCAAAGGAGUUGGUCACUGUGUUCUUCCAUGAGAACAUUGAGCGAGCCCGGGAUCGUAAUAUGCGAUCGGUGGACCUUGAUAAGACCCUCCGAGACCCGAACGUGCCAGCCGAGAAGAAACGCCAGGAUGCCGAAACGAUCUCCAAGCGAGAGUCAGAUUUCCUUCGAUUCCUUCGUACUAAGGAAACCCCACAGAACUUCCAAACCAUCAAGAUCAUUGGUAAGGGUGCGUUCGGUGAGGUGAAACUGGUGCAGCGCAAGACCGAUGGCAAGAUCUACGCUCUGAAGUCUCUCAUCAAGACUGAGAUGUUCAAGAAAGACCAGCUAGCACACGUUCGUGCAGAACGUGACAUCCUAGCGGACUCGAAGGACAACCCUUGGUUGGUGAAGCUGCACGCUUCAUUCCAAGACUCGGCUUACUUGUACUUGCUUAUGGAGUUCUUGCCCGGUGGUGAUUUGAUGACCAUGCUGAUCAAGUAUGAAAUCUUCUCGGAAGAUAUCACUCGAUUCUACAUGGCCGAGGUCGUGAUGGCGAUCGAGGCAGUUCACAAACUUGGCUUCCUUCAUCGUGACAUCAAGCCCGACAACAUUCUUCUAGACCGCGGCGGGCACGUGAAGCUUACGGACUUUGGUCUUUCUACCGGUGGCAAGAAGACUCACGAUAACGCCUACUACCAGAAUCUUCUGAAGAAUUCCACAUCGAAAGAUCGCAACCGUAACUCCGGCUACUUCAACGAUGCUAUCAACUUGACUGUUUCCAACCGUGGACAGAUCAACACGUGGCGAAAGUCUCGACGUGCUAUGGCGUACUCCACUGUCGGAACCCCAGAUUACAUUGCCCCCGAAAUCUUCAACGGCCAAGGUUACACCUACCUCUGUGAUUGGUGGUCCGUUGGUGCUAUCAUGUUCGAAUGUCUUGUUGGCUGGCCUCCAUUCUGUGCCGAGGAUACCACCGAUACCUACCGGAAGAUCGUGAACUGGCGGGAGUGCCUCUAUUUCCCCGACGAGAUGGUGCUUUCACAUGACUCCGAGUCCUUGAUCCGAAGCUUCUUGUGCGACCCCGAGCACCGUAUUGGUAGCGAGGGUGGCCAGCACGGAGGAGCAACCCAGAUCAAGAACCAUCCCUUUUUCCGCGGCGUUGUAUGGGAGCAGCUGCGCAAAAUUCGUGCGCCGUUCGAGCCCCGCCUCAGCUCCAACAUCGAUGUGUCGUAUUUCCCCAUUGACGAGAUCCCGCAAGAGGACACCAGCGCUAUUCACCGUGCGCAGGCUCGUGCUAUGCCGGAUUCUCAGGAGGCUGAGAUGUCUCUCCCCUUCAUCGGAUACACAUACAAGGCUUUCAACGCUUUCCAGGGAAGCUAG